AGCCAGCCACACGCCUCGGCGUCAGGGGCAUGGAGGAGCGGCGGGCUCCGAGCCGCGCCCCGGAGUCCCCGAAACUUCCGAGCAGGCGCCGGUCCGCGCCGCUGCAGCCAUCGCCGCCGCCGCCGCCGCCGCCGCCGCUUCACCUGCCGGCCUGAGAGUGGGACCAUGGAUGAAAGGUUCAACAAGUGGCUGCUGACGCCGGUGCUCACUCUCCUCUUCGUGGUCAUCAUGUACCAGUACGUGUCCCCUUCUUGCACCAGCUCCUGCACCAACUUCGGGGAGCAGCCCCGCGCGGGGGAGGCCCGCCCGCCAGCCGCCCCGAGUCCCGCCCGCCGCGCACAGGCGCCUCCGGAGGAGUGGGAGCGGCGGCCCCAGCUGCCGCCGCCGCCCCGGGGGCCGCCCGAAGGGAUGCAGGGGGUCUCGGCGCCGGAGGACGAAGAGGAGGAGCCGGGGGAUCCAGAGGAGGAGGAGGAGGAAGAGGAAGAGGAGCCGGACCCCGAGGCCCCCGAAAACGGGUCCCUACCCCGUUUCGUGCCGCGCUUCAACUUCACCCUGAAGGACCUGACUCGCUUCGUGGAUUUCAACAUUAAAGGACGCGACGUGAUCGUGUUCCUGCACAUCCAGAAGACCGGGGGCACUACGUUCGGCCGGCACCUGGUGAAGAACAUCCGGCUGGAGCAGCCCUGUAGCUGCAAAGCUGGCCAGAAGAAGUGCACCUGCCACCGGCCCGGCAAGAAGGAGACGUGGCUCUUCUCCCGCUUCUCCACCGGCUGGAGCUGCGGGCUGCAUGCCGACUGGACUGAGCUCACCAACUGCGUGCCGGCCAUCAUGGAGAAGAAGGACUGCCCCCGCAACCACAGCCACACCAGGAAUUUCUAUUACAUCACAAUGUUGCGGGAUCCCGUGUCGCGUUACCUGAGCGAAUGGAAACACGUCCAGAGGGGGGCCACGUGGAAAACCUCUCUCCAUAUGUGUGAUGGAAGGAGCCCCACCCCCGACGAGCUGCCCACCUGCUACCCUGGGGACGACUGGUCUGGGGUCAGCCUGCGGGAGUUUAUGGACUGCAGCUACAACCUGGCCAACAACCGCCAGGUGCGCAUGCUGGCCGACCUCAGCCUGGUGGGCUGCUACAACUUGACUUCCAUGAACGAGAGCGAGAGGAACGCCAUCCUGUUGCAGAGCGCCAAGAGCAACCUGAAGAACAUGGCCUUCUUCGGGCUCACCGAGUUCCAGCGGAAGACUCAGUUUCUCUUUGAGAGGACAUUCAACCUCAAGUUCAUCUCCCCCUUCACGCAGUUCAACAUCACGCGGGCUUCCAACGUGGAGAUCAACGAGGGCGCCCGGCAGCGCAUCGAGGAGCUCAACUUCUUGGACAUGCAGCUCUACGAGUACGCGAGAGACCUCUUCCAGCAGCGCUACCACCACACCAAGCAGCUAGAGCACCAGCGGGACCGCCAAAAGCGGCGGGAGGAGCGGAGGCUGCAGCGCGAGCACCGGGCCCACCGGUGGCCAAAAGAGGACGGAGCCGCAGAGGGGACUGUCACUGAGGACUACAACAGCCAGGUGGUGAGAUGGUGACCCCCUGCCCACUCCUCUUUCGGGAGGGGGGCGUGAGCAGGUGCACUGACCAUCUGUUGGAGACGUUGGGCCAUCCAGAGGACCGCUGGCUCCGGGUGGCUGUAUUGGGACAUCUGCUUCCUCUUGGUCUUCAUUUUUAUCCAGCUGGAGGUUAUCUGCCUUGUUCAUUUUUUUUUUCUUGACAUUUUCAACCAGUGACUUGAAGUAGGG